AUGUCCCUCGAGACCGGCGAGCCGCCGAAACUGUAUGGCGUCAACUUCCAGCCGCCGGCACCGUUCGACUUCGCGAAUCCGCCAACGUGGGCGACAUGGCUCAGCCGCUACGAAGACUACGCAGCGGUCUCAGGACUGACGCAAGCGUCGGAAGACAUGCAGAUACGCUCGAUACUGUACUGCAUGGGCCCGGAGGCCCGCCCGCUUCUCGAGACUUUCUCGCUCGACGCCCAGUCGCUCGCUUCAUACCAAGCCCUUGCCACCCGCUUCACUGAGCACUUCAUGCACCGACGUGUUCAGCUGCCCGACGAAAGCGUCGACACGUACUACGCAGAACUGCGCAGGAUGGUUAAGCGCUGUAACUAUCCGUCUGCUGCUGUCGAGGAAAGGCUCGUACGCGACCGGUUCGUCGUCGGCCUCCGCGACUCCCGUCUCUCGGACCAGCUGUGCCGGAACGCGAAGUUGACACUACAGGACGCCUGGACACAAGCCCGUCAAUCCGAAGACGCCGACAGGGAAAAGGCGUUGCCCCAGAACCGCAACGAGCACUCCCGUGAGCUCAACCUCGACGCCGCAAACGCUGACAAGUUCCCCUCUCGUCGUCGCUCCGGCGCUAAGCCUCGUUCGCCACAGCCGCAAGCAGAGCGCUCACGCGAGCCGUCCACAUGCGAAUUCUGCGGCCGCGCGCCUCAUCGACGUUCAGACUGCCCGGCCCGACGCUCCGCCUGCAACUUCUGCAAAAAGAAAGGCCACUUUGCCGAAGUAUGCGGCUCACGGAAGUUCAAGCAGUACAAGCUCAGCUCCGUUCACCUGCACGCCGUCGCGACGCCCGCCUCGGCAAAGUUCGUCGACGUCACCGUUGACGACUACACGGCGCAGUUCAAGGUCGACUCCGGAGCCGAAGUAUCUGCUGUUCCCAGCGACUUUCCUACCUUGCCUGCCAAACUCGACCAAGUCGACACUCUGCUCACUGGCCCGGGAGGACAGCCACUGCGCGUGCUGGGCUCGUAUGUGUCUCUCACUGUGCCUCUUCUGGGACUGCCUGCGCUCCAAGCCCUCCAAGUAGUUCGGUUUCUUGAUCAACUCAAGACUUCAAAAGCGACGCUGCACGCCGAGCUCUUCAAUGGAUUGGGCACCCUCAAGGAUGAAUACAACAUCCCGUUGAAACCCGAUGCCGUACCUUUCUCGCUAAGCGUACCUCGCAGGAUCCCCAUCCCGCUGCUCGAGAUCGUCCGCCGCGAGCUGGACAAAUUGGAAAGCGCAGGCGUGAUCCGCAGGGUCGACAAGCCAACACCAUGGUGCUCGGGUCUCGUCGUCGUCCGGAAAGGCGAUGGUUCCUACCGCCUCUGCGUCGACUUAACACAACUCAACAAGGUCGUCCUUCGUGAAAGACAUAUUCUGCCAACUGUCGAGCAAGUCCUUGGCCUCCUCGGUGAUGCAACAGUUUUUUCGAAGCUGGACGCGACCGCAAGCUUCCACCAGGUGAAGCUCUCUGAAGACUCCCAAGAGCUUACGACAUUCAUCACCCCAUAUGGCCGAUACUGCUUCUGCCGGCUGCCCUUUGGCAUCACCUCCGCACCAGAGUACUUCCAAAAGCAGAUGGAACAUGACGCCAGACUGAGCCAGGUGCUAUCUCGCCUUGCAAAAGCAGGUAUCACAUUGAACCAGGACAAGUGUCGUUUUGGGGUACCCGAGGUCUCCUUCCUCGGAGUUGUCGUCUCAGCACAGGGCAUCAGGCCAGAUCCGGGCAAGGUCGAAGCAGUCAAAGCCAUGGAAGCUCCAACGGACGUUGCUGGCAUUAAAAGACUGCUCGGAAUGGUGAACCAUCUUGCCAGGUUCUUGCCACACAUCUCGGACGUCACAGCUCCCAUCAGAGCCUUACUGAACAAGUCUGCGAGUUGGGUGUGGCAGCAUGAGCAAAAGGCAGCAUUCGAGAAAAUCAAGGAACUCUUGACGUCAGACAGGUGCAUGGCCAAGUACCACCCGUCGUACGCCACUACGGUGUCUGCAGACGCAAGCUCAUUCGGACUCUGCGCAGUUUUGCUACAGACGCAACCCUCAGGAGAGCGCCGCCCAGUCGCGUUCGCUUCGAGGUCAAUGACAGAUACCGAGCAGCGUUACAGCCAGACUGAAAAAGAAGCUUUGGCAACGACGUGGGCUAUCCAAAGGUUCGACGAGUUCGUCCGUGGCAUACCCUUCGACGUCGAGAGUGGCCACCUGCCACUGGUUUCGCUUCUCGGAAAGAUGGAGCUGAACAUGUUGCCGCCUCGUAUUCAGAGACUACGGCUGAAGACCAUGCGAUACCAGUUCCGUUUGCUGCACGUGCCAGGAAAGCUGCUAGCCACAGCUGAUACGUUGUCGUGCAUCACCUACAAGCCACCCACACCUCUAGACACUAUCGAACUUUUUGCAGCACAGGUAGUCGGCUGCAUGUCGGAAGUCUCGCCACUCAGCCCUAAAGACGUGGGACAGGCACAAGAGUUUGAUGACGAGCUCUCUGUCUGCGACGGAGUUCUGCUGAAAGGCGCCCGGAUAGUCAUCCCAUCGUCCCUUCGGCCAGCGGUCUUGACGCUGUUCCAUGAAGGUCAUCAGGGCAUCAACAGGACCAAAGUCCUAGCUCGGGAGUCAGUUUGGUGGCCCGGUAUCUCGACAGACAUCGCCUCUCUCGUUGCCAACUGUGAACAGUGCGCUUCCACCCGCGUGAACUUUGCCGAGCCCCUGCUCUCCACGGCCCUACCUGGACAUCCCUGGGAGUUCCUUGGAAUGGACUUGUUCCACCUCAACGGCCAGACGUACAUCCUGGUGGUAGACUAUUACUCAAGGUUCCCUGAGGUGGUGACUCUGAGGAGCACGACGGCUCAGGCAGUCAUUGACGCUCUCAAAUCCAUCUUUGCCCGCCAUGGAAUCCGGCAAGAAGUCAGGUCAGACAACGGCCCACCGCUCUCGUCGCAAGAGUUCGCGGCAUUUGCAGCGUCAUACGGCUUUAACCACAGGACCAGCAGUCCACACUACGCUCAAUCGAACGGAGAGGUGGAGAGGAUGGUGCGUACUAUCAAGGACCUGUUUCGCAAGUCAAAGGAUCCUUAUCUGGCUCUGCUCAUGUAUAGGGACACUCCAGGAGUCAACGGCUUUAGUCCAGCCCAGCUGUUGAUGGGACGUCAACUCGGAACCAGAGUCCCAAAGCAAGGCUCCCAGCUAUGUCCCAACUGGCCCCCAAUGAAAGAAAUCGUCGCCAAGGAUGCGACUUACAAGCAGAAGCAGGCCGACAACUACAACAGGCAUCAUGGAGCUCGAGACUUACCGCCACUCCAAACAGGUCAGCGCGUCUGGGUGCGACCUGAUCAAGUGCAGGCUACAGUCCUCAGUCCGGGGCAAAAACCAAGAAGCUACGUGGUCGAAAUGGAGCGAGGUGGCACCCUACAGCGCAACCGGCGUCACCUAGUGCCUUUUGGGCCUACUGCCUCCGGAGCAGAACCACCCCCACUGCAGCAAGUUCGCUGUCAGGAGCCUCGGCCUGCCAACAUCGUGGAAUCGACGGUCCCCCUCGGACAGUCUGGGCAACAGUCCCCUGCAGCCACGGACCGCAGUGAUGGUGUGACACGAACACGUUACGGCAGGCCUAUUGUUCCGCCGCGCCGUUUGAACUUGUGA